GCGCCGCGCCGCCGCCCGCCGCCGCCCCGCCAUGGCGACGCCCCGCCCCGCGCUGCGCCGCGCCGGGGAGGCGGAGCGGCAGUGCGCAGCGCGGCCCAGCACGGCCCGGCCCGGCCCCGCGCGCAUGGAGGGCGGCCGGCGGGCCGCGCCGGCGGAGGACGCCGUGCGCUACCGCCUCUUCCCGGUGGCGGGCGGCGAGGCGACCCUGCGCCGCUGCGCCGAGAGGAUCCUGCUGCGCUUCGCGCCGCUCCUGGCCGCCUACAUCUGGCAGCGGCAGCCCUUCCGCCUGCGCUGCGUGCCCGCCCGCGGCGACACCCCGGCGCACAUCGGCGGCACCACGCUGUUCGGGGAUAACGUGGAGGACGAGUGGUUCGUCGUCUACCUCGUCCGGGAGAUCACCAGGGAGUUCCCGGAGCUCGCCGCCAGGAUUGACGACAACGAUGGGGAGUUUCUGUUGAUAGAAGCUGCCGAUUUCCUCCCGAAGUGGCUGAAUCCUGAGAACAGUGACAACAGGGUAUUCUUUUACAAAGGAGAACUGCACAUCAUUCCACUGCCAGAGACUCAUGGGCAGGAAUGGGAACUACCUGCUUCCACUCCAACAAUCUCGCAGGCGUUGACGUUAUUAUCCACCCGUUCGGAGGAGUGUCUGGCCGCAAAACCCAUUAGAACAGCAGUGUAUAAACGCAUCAGUGGGUAUCCUGAGAAAAUUCAGGCCUCAUUUCACCGAGCCCACUGCUACCUCCCGGCAGGAAUUGUGGCAGUGCUGAGGCAGCGCCCUUCAUUGGUGGCUGCAGCAGUCCAGGCCUUUUACCUGCGAGAUCCCAUAGAUUUGCGAGCGUGUCGCUGUUUUCGAACUUUCCCUCCGGAUGAGCGUGUGAUGACUGUAGUUACGUUCACAAAGUGUUUGUAUGCACAACUAAUGCAGCAGAAGUUUGUUCCAGACAGACGCAGUGGAUACACACUGCCCCCGCCAUCUCACCCUCAAUACAAAGCCCAUGAACUGGGCAUGAAACUGGCUCAUGGCUUUGAGAUUUUGUGCUCUAAAUGCAGUAAAGUUUCUCCUGAUUCCAAGACAAGUGUCUUAAGCAAUCCCUUGUGGGAGAGAUUCCUCAGCAGCCUGAAGGAAAAAAACUAUUUCAAGGGAGAAAUGGAAGGAUCUGCUAAGUACUUGGAACUGCUGCAUAUGGCAGAAGAUUACUUCCAGCACUCCGUUACCAAGCCAGAAAGCUCUGUUGCAGUGAGCCCAGGUGAUGAAAUUUUGACAUUGCUGCAGACAACAACCUUCGAUUUGAAGGAGUUUGAGAAAGAAGCAGCUUGUCUUCCUCCAGCAGAUGAUGACAGUUGGCUGGAGAUUUCACCAGAUGAUCUAGACCAGAUGUUGAAGGAGGCAACAAAUGAUUCCCAUCCUUCCUCGAAUGAGGAAGAGCAGAAAUACGACUUGGAAACAGUUGUUGAAAGUAUGAAGGCUUUUGUAUCCAAAGUCUCAACACACGAAGGAGCAGAAAUGCCAUGGUCAUCUGAUGAAGCUCAUGUUACCUUUGAUGUUGACUCUUUUACAAAUGCCUUAGACAGAAUUUUAGGGGCAGGCUCAGAAGAACUGGAUUCUGAUGAUUUGGAUGAAGAGGAGGAGUUUGACUUCUCAGAUGAGGAUGAUGAAGACAUAGAUGUUGAAAAUCAAAGGCAAGCGCAGAAGGCAUUGCCUAAUGAAGCUGCAGGUAGUCUCAAGUCAUAUAUGAAGGAGAUGGACUGUGAACUGGCACAUACCAAUGUUGGCAAAAGUUUCACCAUCCAAAAGAAAGGGGCAAAUUCUGCUACGGCAACUCUGUCUCAAAAUGCUGGCCAUGAUUCUGGGGCUGAAGAUACUGAGCUGACACCCGUUGAUCUGGAUAUGAACCUCGUGACUAACCUGCUUGAAUCCUAUAGUGCUCAGGCUGGACUGGCGGGACCUGCUUCUAACAUUUUACAGAGCAUGGGGGUGUAUUUACCUAAAAAUGCCGAUCAUGUAGGUUCUAAUGAGGAAGUGGAAGAAUAACAGAUUGUCUUAAUUCCGAAGACAUGGCUGAUUGGGAAAAGCAGCACAGAAAGAGUAGCAGUGCUUUGGAAGAAGAGACAAAAGGUUUGACUUCUAAGCAUUUUAUGUAUUAGUUAUGUGUGGCUUUAAAAAUACAAGGUUGAAUUUAUCUGGAAAAGCUUUCCGUUUGAAUACUGUCCUGGAUAGAAAAGGGAUUUUUCCAGUGCUAACCCGUCUUCAGAAAACUGAAAAAUGAUGUUGUGACUUGAAUGAAACUCAUUACAAAGCUUGUCUUUAAUAUUAACAUUGACAAUCCAAUUUGGCAUAUUUCAAAAAUGUCCUUUUACCCAUUACUAAUUGGUUUCAAUACCUGGAAAGCAGUUCAUAUUCUGAAAACGCUGCUGUGGUCAGGGAAAGACAGAGGAAUACUAUAUUAUAGGAACAGUGUUCUCUCGUGGAUUUGGAGACCCUGAUUAACAGCAAACACUUAACUGCUUUUCCAAAAGUAUUAAUGCUUCAUUGUAAGAACAUCUGAUAUUUCUUAGAAGAAUCUGUUUUUUAUUAAGCAGGAAUAUUUGAGGAAUUAUCAAAUUGAAUGUGUAAAUAUUGCUAUAAGUAUUUUUUUGAAUUUAUUUAAAUAAAAACAGAAGUACAACUUGA